AUGUCUUCGCAAGCUGUGUUUGUCAACUGGAAAGAAGCUGUGAUUGAGCUUCCGAUCAAGCUACAGAUUUUCAAUGGUGGCAACUCUGCUGUUCCGUUUGUUACGGGCACACAAGUCGCUUGUACAAUUGAUCAGCUUGUUCCUAAGGCAAGUACCUGGUAUAUCAUUGAUUCCGUUCAAGUUGUUGUAGAUAACUUCAUGGCGCUAGCCGAAUGGGACUACAAUUACGACAACAAAUGGGGAAUAACGAGCUACUUUGUGCGGGGUGAAUGUUCCUGGUGUGUACGAGUGAUCGCUAUUACCGCGCUUGACCAAAAAGGAGAAAAUCUUGCCUUCAAUAUCAUGGGAGAUAAUGCCAGCAUCCAAGCUGUGUCAAAGCCACAAGUUUAUGUUUGCCCAACAGGAGCAGCCGGAACGACAAUUGCUAGCUCAUUAUUUAGCCUGUAUCAAGCUCUUCGACUUAUCUACGUCAAAAAGUUGACCAAUUUAAAAGAACACAAGGGUACAUCAACUUCUGCUACGUCAAAUUCCACGAAGGCAGCAGGUACGGUCACAGCAACAAAUAUCGUUCACAUCAUCAACACAUUCAUUUCUGCAACACAUGCCCAAAUCUCUGGAAUGGCUCAUCCGCAAAUGUGA